CGCCGUUCUUUUGAAUAAUGACGUCAUCAAAAUAAAGAAUAUGCACGUUACAUGGAAAACUCCAGUUUCACUUUACAAAUUAAGUGAUUUCUUCCAUAAUUAUUCACUGAAAAUGUUCUGCUACAGAUUUUAAAUCAUGGAUGUUGACAACGAUCUUGAUGGACAAUUGCUUCAGCAGUUCAGUUCCUUGGGGACAACUGACAAAGAAGUGUUGAUUGCAGAGUUUCAAAAACUGUUGGGAAAUCAGUUGAAUCCGGCAGGAUGUGCUUUUUUCCUUGAUAUGAACAAUUGGAAUUUACAAGCUGCCAUAUGUUCUUACUAUGACUUUGAUCAGCCGAGUGUAAAACUUCCAGAGUUGGCUUUUAUAAGUGAUGUUACAAUAGGAGAUGGGGAAGCCGUUCCACCAAAUACAACAUUCACCAAGACUUGGAGAGUAGCAAAUUCAGGGGAUGAACCAUGGCCAGCGGGUUGCCAGCUGAAAUUUUGUUCAGGAGAAAACUUGGCGAACACAGAUCGUGCUGUGCUUGGAACAUUAAAUCCAAAAGAGACUGCGGAUAUCAGUGUUCAGAUGCAUUCCCCAGCUGCACCUGCGGUGUAUCAGAGUCAGUGGAGGAUGUGUACAUCGACAGGGAUGUACUUUGGAGAGCCUAUAUGGGUAAUCAUCACAGUUGCGGAAGGUGGAGUUUUAGCAGUGACCCAGCAGUUGUCACGCUUCGGAAAUGACUUUGUACAAAACCCAGCACCACAAAAUAUACCUAAUCCAUUCGCAUCACCUACUAAAUCAACACUUAAUAAUGAAUGUAGUGGAAAUAAUGCUGCAUUUAUGUCACCGAACAAUUCCAUGGUUGCUCAACAAGGUAGUCCUUACACCAACCAACUCAGUCCUAGUCCAGUACGAACCCCACAUCCCGUAGGACCAGGGGAUCCUGCCAGAUCUCUUUUCCAGGCAAGUGGGGGUAUGGAGGACAACACCAACUGUGAUACCUCACAUUCGCAAGAGGAAAUGUCCUAGCAUAAUGUGCCACAUUCCAAAGAACUUGAGACACAAUUUGUUGUUGUUAUAAACAGACACAAAAGUGUGCGCUGCCAUUCCCUUACAAGUGAAUGACCUUCGGAAGGAAGGAUGUUCUUACGAGUCCUAUACAAGUACCAAAAAAAAAAAAAAGAUGCUUAUUUAUUGUUAGCUUCACUAUUCAGAGAGUAGUGAGAGCUGUUCUACUUACUUGGGUGUCAGCGUCACACCUUGGCCAAAAGUUAGUGUGCAAGUUCAUAGCCACGUGACUAUUGCAUGUACUGCAUAUAAAUCUUCAAAUAAUGCUUUCUUAUCAUCAAAUUUACUGAAAUAACUAAGUUAGAUAGCUCUUGGUUGAACUUGUUGUAAACUAUGAUCCUUUUUUUACUUAGAAAAUUUGGUUUCGUUUUGCACACAACUGUCAAACUGUACUCUGUAACAACUAAUAUGUAUUGGAUUGAAAAUUUAUAAAAUUCUUUCCAUUUAAAGUUAGGUAACUCUUAGUUGAAUGUAUUAUAAAUUGUGGCCCUUUUUCAACUUGAAAAAUUCUGUUCAAGUUUUGCUUGUAACUAUCAAGCGGUAUCUCGGUAACAGUUGUAUGUAUCAGAUUAAAACUCACACACUGAUUACCAGUGGUCAGAUAUACUUACAUAACCAGACCAAGUUAGAUAACUUUCUUGAAUCAAGUGUAGUUAUGGCCCUUUUAAGACUAUGAAAAGGUCACAUUGACCCGGAACAGUUAAACCCUUUCCGGACGAUACCUUGAGAACGCUUGGGCCUUGGAUCACUAAACUUAAUAGGGAGGUUGAUCAUGACCAGCAGAUGACCCCUGUUGGUUUUGAGGUCAAUAGAUCAGUGUCACAUUGAACCAGAACGGUAGAACUUUUGUUUUCAGUGAGCAAAUAAUUUCUGUUCCUUGUGCAAUUACUGAAUGCAUCAAGUGGGGCAUUUCGUGUUCAACGAGCUCUUGUUAGUAUAUCAUCCCAAAUUCAAAUGUCAGUUAGUUUGUGCCACUGUCCACAUUCAUAGCACCCACAUUUUAUUGACUUUUUAGCAAAAAAAAAAUUCACCUAAAAACUAUGAGCAUGUUGCUUUAAGGACGGGAUUAUCGAUAUGGUAUGGUGUGCAGAACAGAACUUCCAGAUAUGGUAAUUUAAGGUCAUGCAGGCACAACUAUGUAUUUGGUGCCCACUUAAUAUCUUAACUCCCUUGAAGGACAUUUGGACGACUUUAAGUAAAUGUUACAUGAUAUUUUAUACAUUAAUUUGGUCAGUGUACCAAGUGCAACUUUCAGCAAUGUAGGAUCAAGAUCAUACUUGAAGGUCAAAGAUCAAAUUGACAGUUAAAAAAGUGGAUUGAUUUUGAUCAAAUUGUUAUUUUUGGAACUGUUACGAUGUUGUUCAAUGGUUUUUGUUGCAUUUGACCGAAAUCUGGACCAAUGCAGGGUCGUAGCUGGUCCAAACCCAAAGUAUCUGUGAGUUUUAUAGGUACGUCUUUGUGUUUAUUAGUCUGAGUUACAUCACAGGUUUUGGGACAGACAUGUUUUUGUUUACUCAGCUGUUUACAUUGUUUUUUUCUACUUUGUCUUCCAGAUUGUUACCAUGCCUUUGAUUCUAAAUAUUUAUUUGCAUAUAAUUUUCUUUUUUUUGCAAAGCUGUUAUUGAAGUUGUAGCAUAAAGAAAGAUACACAUUAUAUAGCCAUAUUUAAUCAGAUCUCCCAUGAAAAAGAAAAGCAAGUACAUGUACUUACUUCUUUUCUCACUAGAGCAAAGUGUUCUCAAGGCUAGCUGUUGUGAUCACUCAACCAUCCGUCUGUCAGCAUCAACAUUUUCAAGCAACAUUUUUGAAACGGUAUGGUGGAAGUUAAUGAAACUGAGGGUGGAUGUUCCUUUGGUAGCUCUCUCCAAAGUUGUUUAAAGAAAUCAACUUCAUUUAGAACUGUAAUAGGUCUCUUGUCAUUGGCUGGAUUUCAAAAUAAUUACAAAGAAAUGUUCAUUGGGUGACCCUCUACCAAAAUUGUUCAGAUUAUCCAAUUGGCCGAAAACAUGGCCGCUAGGAGACAUUGACACUUUUCUCUAAUCAGAUAUUGGGAACUUUAAAAAAUCUUGUCAGAAUACAGGCUAAACAUUUGAAUAAUAUGACCCAAAUGUUCCAUGGGUGAACUUCCACCAAUUAGGUUCAAAUUGUUUUUGAAACAUUAAAAACAUGGGUGCCCGAGGGUAUGGUCACUUUCCAAUACGUACAGUUACAGGGAACUUCAAAAGAAAACAUUGGCCUGAUUUUAAAAUAAUUUCACACAAAUUCUUGGGCGACAUUUUUAUACCAAGAUUCUUUUACCCCAAGAUACAAAGUAUAAUGGGGCUCUUGUAGUCAAGCAUGUCCAUCCAUUGGUCAGUCCAUAUUGUAUCCACUCAUCUUCUUACCUGCUUGGAAGAUUUUAAUAAAACUUGCAUCAUUUAUUAACCUCAUCAAGAUGGCAUGCUAACUAAGGUCACUUGGUUAAAGGUCAAGGUGGCAUACCAGGAGAGCAAAGGUCAAAUAGCUUACCUUUGUAUCUGCUCCAUAUCUUCCAAACCAGAUUUUCAUAAAAUUAGUACCAGACACUAAACUCAUCAAUCGGACUUGCAGUGCAAUGCAACCAAAGUCACUUGAUCCGUGGCAAAGGUGUAACACUUGAGGUCAAAGAGCUUAAAGCAUCUCUUCUAAACCACUAAAAUUAAAUUCAUAAAACUAGCAUUAAUUGUUAACCUCAUCCUGACGGAAAGCACAACCCUGAUCUCUAGGGUCAAGGUCAAGGUCACACACAAGGUCAAAGAUCAAAUUGGUGUCUGCUCCAUAUCUUUUUAACCACUGAAGGAUUUUUGUAAAACUUGCACCAAUUGUAGCCUCAUCAAAACAACAGGCAGAGUGCACAGCUCAUAUCUUUAGGUUAAAGGUCACACUUGAAGGUCAAAAGUCAUGAUCACAUUUUACUUUCACAGCAGCGUCUGGGGCUGUUAAUCACCUUUAAUGAUAGAUCUAGUUAGAAUUAAUCUAACUUUUCCCAGUAUGUAUAUAGCAGAAACUUUAAAAAUCUUACGUCAGAAACUGCUUGCACAGCACACAAAUAUUUCAUAGACUUCUCUUUACAAAGAUUGUUCAGAUUUUGAUUCAUCAUCAAAAAAAAAAUAACAUGAAUGCCAGCGCAAAAAAUAGGAAAAUCUCCCAAUCCGCUAGCUUAGUUUUAAAAAUGUUUCAUAGUUUACCAUCUAUCAGUAGUGUUUUCUGAUUAUUUUGUCAAAAAACAUAGAAGCGAAAAAUAGAAUGAUAAUUGAAAUUAAGCACCAUCUUUUCUUAAACCACUGAUAGGGUUUGGAAAGAAUUUCACAGAAAUAUUCCUUAGCUAUCACUAAACUAAAAUUUUUAUGCCCCCAAAGGUGGGCAUAUUAUAAUCACACUCCGUCCGUGUGUCCGUCCAAAUAUUCUUGUCCGGGCUGUAACUCCGCCAUCCAUUAAGGGAUUUUGAAACAUUUUGGCAUAAAUGUUCCCCAUAAUGAGACGAUGUGUCAAACGCAAAACCCAGACCCCUAGCUCUAAGGUCAAGGUCACAUUUACCAGGUCAAUGGUUAACAGGGUCUGUUUCAUGUCUGGUCCAUAACUCUGCCAUUUAUUAAGAGAUUUUGAAAUUUCUUAGCAUAAAUGUUCUCUAUAAUGAGAUGACAUGUCAUGUGCAAGAUCCAGACCCCUAGUUCUAAGGCCAAGGUCACACUUAGAGGUUAAAGGUUAACAUGGUCUGCUUCUUGUCUGGUCCAUAACUUUGCCAUUCAUCAAGGGAUUUUGAAAUUACUUGGCAUAAAUGUUUCCUAUAAUGAGUUAAUUUAUCAUGUGCAGACAACUGUAGUUGUAGUUGUAAGUUUUAAAAGUUUUCAUUAUUGAACUGUAUUGAUUGGAAGUGAGUGUAAUUUGUGGGGAAAAAAUGAAUAUAUUUCUGCUUUUGCAAGUUAUUUAGGAUAGAUUUUGCCAAGAAACGGCUUUUACAGUAAUAGUGCCAUAACCUAAUCGAGUAAAUCAGUCUAUAAUCAUGCAUAGGGUGAUAGGCUUAUCAGUUGUUUUUGGUCGUAAAAAAAGCUGGAUUGUAGGAGACAUUUGUUUCAAAUACUGCAGCUCUUUGAAGUUCUUUAGGCUUUUAAUUCUGUAAAGUUUUAUGUAAUUAUAAUGCAACGAACACCUGAUCAUGGUCUGCACUGUUCGCUAUUCAGUCAGUAAAUUUUCAUUGAACAUCCCUUCAAAUAGUAAAUGGUACUGCCCAAAUUAAAUUUGAAUGAUGGACCAGUCCAUUUUAGAUAUUUAGGUUAAAUACCUCUUGCAAGGGAGCUUGAAAUAAAACCAGAGAAGACAUGUAUAUCAUAUAUGAAAUGUCCGAUGUUCAAUGUGUUGAGGUAUUGAAAGUACAUUUAUUUAGUUAUCUGACAAUUCAGCCUCUGUAGAGAAACAGGAAAACCCAAAUUUGUUUUGUUGUAGAGGUUGUUAAUUACUCUAGCGAUUUACUAAAAAAAAUUGUUUUGUUAGAAGAAAAUGUCUUUUCAAUUAUGGGAGUUUUUAACACUUAUCAUGCUGGAGACAGUUGAUUCUGCCUUUGCGACCAGUGUAGAUCAUGAUCAGCCUGCACAUCCAUGCGGUUUGAUCAUGAUCUGCGCUUCAAAAUCUUUUAGGUAUAAGCACUAAUGGUACUGUCCAAAUUGAAAGAUUGACCAGUCCAUUAUAGAAAUGUAGCAUGAUAAGGGUUAACUUAGACAGUUACUGUGUAUUACAUGAAUAAACAUUGUUUUAUUAAGAAUUUUCUUACUGCUUGCUUGUCUUUUAUUGAUAAUUAAUAGAAAAUUGUACUAUGUUAACAAUAAACUGGUCAUACAUUU